UUGUAAAAAUUAAUCCUUUUUUUCUAACUAUAAUAACAAAUGUGCUGGCAGUGGCAGGGUUAAAAAAAAUAUUUAAUUUCUCAACCAGAAACGCAAGGGAGAGUUUGCCUCCCAUCGCCUCUCACUGAUCCUCCACUGCAACUGGCCUCCACCCAACCAGCCACCGCGAGUUGUGGUGCAAGGCGUCGCCGGCGCUGACGUUCGUUGCCGGAGUCGUCGCCGAACGAGGUGAGAGUUCCCCUCUUCCGCCGCUCGUCGCGCGAGUUGGAAGCGCCCAAGCCGUCGCGAGCCAUCGUCCAAGGCUUUGCAUAGUGGCGCAAAUCGCCACCACAAUCUCUGCCGGCCACCGCACCAAGGUCCCUCUUCCUUCUCCUCUUCCCGCGAGGUUCUCCCUGUUCCUCGUCUUAAGACGUUGACGCCAGAAAGGGUCGCCACUCCAAUGCCGGCGAGAAAACUCCUCUUCCUCUGUUAUGCGAAGUCGGAAUCCACAUCCGCCGCCGACAAUCACCAUCUUGUUUGUACUGUAUUGUGCUGGGCGUGAGUCUUGGGGUGUGAAAAAUUGAUUUUCUGAUUGGUGUAGUGAAUGUUUUCUGUUAAGCAUUGGGUUGGGGAAAAAAUGGGUUUAUGUUUGGGUUGAACUUCUGGAGAUGAAGGAAAGGGUGUUCAGAAUUCUCAGGUUGUGAUGGUGAGGCGUUUUGCUUUGAUUUGUUGUUUGAUUUUCUUUCGGUGGUGGUUGAUUUGGGUGAUGGUGGAAGAUGAGGGAUAUGAGUUGUUUCAAAAGAUAAGCUUUAAACCUAUGGGCAUGGGAUUUGUGAUUUGGGUCCGUUCAUUCAGUUUGACACAGGUGAUUUGGGUUUGUUGAUUCUGGAAAUGCAUUUGAUUCUGCUUCUACCAUUUUCUGUGUUUUCUGGGUUGAGAAGCCAUAGUUUAAUGGAUUGAGACAAAAUUUUGAAAGAUUUAGGUGUUACAAGUUUGCAUAAAAAAAAUAAAAAUAAUAUAGUAAGUUAAAAGGAAACUACUUUUACUGUGCUAAAAUCAUUAUUACAAAUUUACUUAAAGAACAGGACAAAAUAACAUUAAUUAAUUGGUAAAUAUAUUUGUUUGAAAGCAACCCCACAGCUUUUGAGAAUCUUUUUAAGAAACGUUCUCAUCUGAGUGGGGUUAAGCCUCCCAGCAUAACUAGUUGCAAUGGCUUCACCACAGGUUGACACUGUUGUUACAUGAGAGAAACAAAGAUAUGUGAACUAUGUAAUGAACCACACUUGUUUCUCGAUUUGUUUCUGGUUUCUAUGUCACUUAAAAUUUGUAAUUGCACAACAUUCUGUGGCUGAUUAUAGAGUAAAAGGAUUUCUAUAAAGACGAACUUUCUCAGGGCAUCAAAUACCAUGUUCUCUGCUUCUGUCACCUUUAAUCGCCAAUGCCGUCGCCAAUGCCGGUGACCAGAGACACUGUUGUUUAACUUAUGCCUGCGUUUUAUCAUCUGGUGCAGGAAUAGUAAAGAAAAAGUUCUGCAAACAGAUUAAAGAUGGUUCCAAUUGGUCAUGCUUCUGAUGACAAGCAUAAAAUACGAGACUCAGGAGAAAUCGUUUUGGAGGAGCAGAAAAGUGUGGUAACUCUAAGAGAACUCUUGGACGAAUGCAUUAGUGACACUGAGAAAUCUCAUCAACCACCUGAAUUAGCUGGUGGUAAUCCAAGCUCAACGACUGAGCUUCACCGCAGGAAGUUACUCAGACCGUGCAGAAUGAGAUCAAUUGAGCACCUACCAUCUUUUCCUCCAAGUUGUUUGUCAAAAAUAACAAAGCCUAAAAGCAAAAGCAUUGGAAAAAACACUAUUCGAUGUAAUCCACACAGUUCCAGAACUUUGGUGAAUUUCAGUCUUUCUGACCUGAGAAAUGCAACCAACAAUUUUAGCAAAGAGAAUAUAAUUGGAAGAGGUGGUUAUGCUUAUGUUUACAAGGGCAGACUGCAAAAUGGGCAACUAAUAGCAGUUAAGCAACUGAGUAGAGGGACUACAGAAGACAGGAUAUCAGUUCUUCUAUCUGAGCUAGGAAUUCUUUCUCAUGUUGACCACCCCAAUACUGCCAUGCUUAUUGGAUUUGGAGUUGAAGGGGGAAUGUACCUUGUGUUUCAAUUAUCUCCUCUGGGAAAUUUAGGAUCUCUUCUUCAUGGUCCUAAUAAAAAUACCUUAGAUUGGAGCAAAAGGUAUAAAAUCAUUUUGGGGAUAGCAGAUGGCCUCUUCUAUCUUCAUGAGAUUUGUCAAAGGCGAAUCAUUCAUAGAGAUCUUAAAUCAGAUAACAUUCUGCUCACUGAGAAUUUUGAGCCGCAGAUUUGUGAUUUUGGGCUCUCAAAAUGGCUACCAGAAUCCUGCACUCAUCAUAUUGUACCAAAAUUUGAAGGCACAGUUGGGUAUUUUGCUCCUGAGUAUGUGAUGCAUGGCAUAGUAAACGAAAAAACUGAUAUUUAUUCCUUUGGGGUCUUACUUUUGGAGAUUAUAACAGGGCGUCGUGCUUUGGAUCAUUUGAAAGAAAGUAUUAUGCUAUGGGCAAAGCCUUUAUUGGAAGCUAAUAAUAUCAAGGACCUUGUUGAUCCUUCUCUGGGUGAUGAUUAUGACUGGGAACAAAUGGAACGUGUAGUUUUGACUGCAUCUCUGUGUGUUGAGCAGUUUCCUAUCUUACGCCCCAGCAUGAGUCAGAUUGCAAUACUGCUAAGAGGUGAUGACUAUGUCAUGGAACAUACUGAGAGGAGUAACAAGAUGCACAAGAAUACAACUCAAGGAGCUAUCUAAGUUUUGUCAGUUGGCAUAAUAAGGUUGCCUUGGAUUCUUGAGAACUAAGGACAUCAUAUUAAAAACAUUUGAUUGUUGAUUGUGUUACUCUGUCGGAUUUGUAUUCUCUGCUGAGUCUUCAAAAUAUUGAUUUUGAUGUUCUAAAAUAUAUUAAAAACUUUUUUGAUAUAUAUCAUCAAGUGUAUUUUGAAAACUCAGCAGAUGGAUCAUCCUAAAAUUCUGGCAAAAAAUUUGGACUCAAAUACACUAUUGAACUUUUUUACUUAUAGGAAGAAAGGAGGGAUAUAAGAACUUACAUUCAGUUCUUUGUUAUUAUUAUGAAAAUUGACUAUUAUGAGAAAUCAUCCUUAAAUGUAGAAUUAUUUUUGUCC